AUGUCGGUCCUAGUUCGGCCGCGCUCCGUCCUGCGGUACGCCGCGACGUUGCGGCUCACUCGCCUCCCCCAAAUUGGUCAACAGCGCUCCUCUUUCGCGACGACGCGUGCCCUGCUCUCAGCUCCACGACGCUCGCAGUACUUCAGCUCGGGCUACACAACCAGCUACGACCCGAGCCAGGAAACGGGCCGCGGCCCCAUCUUUUCGAAGAAUCAGUUCGGCGUCCCGCAAUUCUACCCGCGCGACCUAAAGAGACGAGUGGAUGACUAUGUCGUUGGGCAAGAGAGGGCUAAGAAGACGAUAUGCUCGGUGAUUUUUAAUCAUUACCAGAACUUGCGGCGAAGGCAGACAUUGGAGAUGCAGGAGCAAAGAUUGAGAGAGAAGGCGGCUAGGCAGAAGUAUGCAGAGGAUAGGGAGGCGUUUGAGAGGGCUAAUUUUGCGAUGGCCGCGGAUGAGGAGUUUAUUGGGAUGCAUGAGACGUCAUCAUCGGCUUCUUUGAGGGGGUCUUCAUCUGCCCAUUCGGCUAUGGGAGAGGGUCUCUUCGAGCCCCUGGCGAAUGAUUACUAUGCUGCGCCGGAGGACUUCUCCCCUACAGAACACGUCAAGAUUGACAAGAGCAAUCUACUUUUGAUUGGUCCGACUGGCGUGGGGAAGACUUACAUCCUUGAGACCCUCAGCAAGAAGCUCAACGUACCCUUCACCAUCAGCGACUGCAACUCCUUCACGCAAGCCGGCUACAUCGGCCAGGACGUCGAGUCCUGCAUCGAGCGCCUACUGAUCGAAGCCAACUAUGAUGUCAAGGCCGCCGAGCACGGCAUCGUCGUCCUCGACGAGUUCGACAAGAUCGCGAAGAAAGAAACCGUCAACGGCCGCGAUGUCGGCGGCGAGGGCGUCCAACAAGCCCUCCUCAAGCUAGUCGAAGGCACAAAAGUCACCAUCAACGUCAAAGACCACCGAUCUUCACGCAACGCCCCCCCCACCCAACCCUCCGGCGGCUCUGGCGGCUCCGGCCCGGGCUAUACCUCCCACUCGUCAACCCCCCAGUCUUCCCCCCCUCCCACAGGCAAAGUCGAACAAUAUAUCGUCGAUACAACCAACAUCCUCUUCGUCUUCUGCGGGGCCUUCGUCGGCCUCGACAAAUGCGUCCUGCGCCGUGUCGCGAAACCUUCCAUCGGCUUCACCUCCGACAUACGCCCCUCCUACGCCAACAACAUGUCCCUCUCCGGCACACAAUCCCUCUUACCUCCUGAACUCUACGCCCACCUCCCCUUCCAGCCCUCGUCCCCACAAUCUGCCAACUUCACGCCUCUUGACCUGACCACCCCGCAAGACCUCCAAGCCUACGGUUUCAUUCCUGAACUCAUCGGCCGCUUGCACAACAUAUGUGCCUUGUCCCCUUUGACCCUCCAUGAACUCUACCGCAUCCUCACCGAACCGCGUAAUUCUUUGGUAGCCCAGUACACCGCGCUUUUCGAAACGUACCCCUCCCGGCUGUACUUCACGCGCCGCGCACUGUGGGCAAUCGCGGAGAAUGCGAUGAAGAAUGAGACAGGAGCCAGGGGACUCAAGAUGGAGAUGGAAAGGGUGUUGGCCGAGCCCAUGUUUGAUGCGCCGAUGCCGUAUGUGUUGAUUACCGAGGGAUGUGUGAAGGGAAAAGAGAAGGCGGGGUAUUGGGGGCGGGAGGGGAGGGCGGAGUGUGAGAGGCGGUUGAGGGAGGAGGAUGAGGGGUUUGGGGAGAUGCCUGAAGGGUCGGGGAGCGGUGGGGGACAUUUGGGCCAGGAGAGUUUCGAGGGGUGGAGGGAGGCUGGGUUGAGUGGUGCGUGA